AUGGCUGAUGAACAGCAUGACGAUGAGCACUUUGCAUCGGCCGAGUCUGGAGCAGCAGCUACUUUCCCAAAGCAGUGCUCAGCUCUUCGUAAGAAUGAGCACGUCAUGAUCAAGGGCCGUCCCUGUAAGAUUGUUGAAAUGAGCACCUCGAAGACUGGCAAACACGGCCACGCCAAGGUACAUCUGGUGGCUCUGGAUAUCUUCACCAACAAGAAACUUGAAGAUAUUUGUCCAUCUACUCACAACAUGGAUGUACCAGUCGUGAAGCGUCGUGAAUUUAUUCUCAUGUCAAUCGAAGACGGUUUCUGUAGUCUUAUGGAUCCUGAAACCUGUGAUCUGAAGGAUGACCUUAAGAUGCCAGAAGGCGAACUUGGAAAUCAGAUCAAGGAGGCGCUCGAUAAGGAUGAAGGAUCGGUUCUUGUGAGUAGCGUUCCAUAA